CAUUCCGAAGAGAAGAGAAACCUUCUUCCCGCCCUCGCCUUGCUUGCUCCAUCCUGCACCUGAAUUCUCAUCGGAGGAGCUACUGGCAGACUAACAUGGUGCACCACCAACGGGCGAGCCUUCUGCUGCACCACACCCAGCAGCAGGAUCAGGAGGCAGCUGGAGGCAACAAGGUCGAGGAGCUCCGGUGCCGGCUGGCGGACUGCGCGUGCCACCACCGGAAGCACGGCCACGACGCGCUCCUGCUCAUGCUCGCCGGCUUCGCCUUCGUCUCCUGCCUCCUCCUCGUGCUGCUCCUCCCCAGCAGCCCCUUCUCCGCCGCGAUGGACGACCUCCUGCAGCUCGGCAGGUCCACGCGGUGCGACCAAGAGACGACUCCACCGGCGGCAGCGCCAGCGCCCUGCUCGGCGGUUUCCAACGGCACCAUCUGCUGCGACCGCACCGCGCUGCGCACCGACGUCUGCGUCAUGCGCGGGGACGUCCGCACCCAGGGCGCCACCAACUCGCUCUUCCUCCUACUCCCCGCCAACUCCACCUCCGCCGACGAGCGCAUCCGCCCCUACACCCGCAAGUGGGAGUCCAGCGUGAUGAGCACCAUCGACGAGCUCCGCCUCCGCACCGUGCCCGAAGCCUCGCGCUGCGACGUCCGGCACGACGUCCCCGCCGUCAUCUUCUCCACCGGCGGCUACACCGGCAACGUCUACCACGAGUUCAACGACGGCAUCAUCCCGCUCUACAUCACCGCGCGGCGGUACAACAGGAAGGUGGUCUUCGUCAUGCUCGAGUACCACGACUGGUGGAUCACCAAGUACGGCCACGUCCUGGACCAGCUCUCCGACCACGCGCCCAUCGACUUCGCCAGCGACAACCGGACCCACUGCUUCCCGGAGGCCGUCGUGGGGCUGCGCAUCCACGACGAGCUCGCCGUCGACGCGUCGCGGAUGCCGGGGAGCGAGAGCAUCCAGGACUUCCGCCAGAUGCUCGACGAAGCGCACCGCGGCCGCGUCGAGGCCAUCAUCCAGGAGGAAAAGGAAAAGACCAAGGCGGCCGCGGCCCCAGCGGUCGGGAGCGACGACAAGCCGCGGCUGGUGAUCGUGUCGCGGAACGGGUCCCGCGCGAUCGAGAACGAGGCCGAGCUGGCCCGCGCGGCGAGGAGGGCCGGGUUCCGCGUGGACCUGCUGCGGCCGCGCCCGGACACGGAGCUCGCGCAGAUGUACCGCGUCCUCAACGGGUCCGACGUGAUGGUCGGCGUGCACGGCGCCGCCAUGACCCACUUUCUCUUCAUGCGUCCGGGCUCCGUCUUCAUCCAGGUGGUGCCGCUCGGCACCGACUGGGCCGCCGAGAACUACUACGGCGAGCCCGCGCGCCGGCUCGGCCUGCGCUACAUCCCCUACAAGAUCCUCCCGUCCGAGAGCUCGCUGUACCGGCAGUACGCCAGGGACGACCCCGUGCUCACUGACCCUGCCGCCGUGAACGCCAAGGGGUGGCAGGUCACCAAGAAGGUCUACCUGGACGGGCAGAAUGUGCGCCUGGACAUGGCGCGCUUCCGGCGCCGGCUGCGCGAGGCCUACGGUCACUGGGCGGCGCAGAGGCUGGGUCAACCACUGUAACAUGGGUGUGUGAAUACCGCGUUUUUCUUCUUUUUUUUUUUUGGACAGAGGAUGAAUACUGUACAGACAAAUUCUUUUUUAAUACAGACAAAUUCUUUUGUUGUUUA